AAAUUAAACCACCCAACAAUCUGUCUAUUGUUGUACGAAAGCGACAACACAACCAUUUGUGUCAAACUGGCAAUACUGCACCGAUCAUUGUUUAUCAUUGGAGACGGGAUCCUGUGAAGCAGUGAAAUCCAUUUAUAGUUCUUCAAGAAAACCUUCCACCAUGGCACUAUCAUCAGAAUUUGUGUCAUUGGUGCAACAAGAAAUCCCUGAGGGUCGUCAAUCCCUCUCGGAUUCUCAUGCCAACUUAGAGAAAGUAGCUGCUUACUGCAUUGAGAAUUUUGCAAGGGCAGAGAACAAGGCAGUGGCACUAGAAGAAACUAAGAAUUAUACCACUCAGUCUUUAGCAAGUGUUGCAUAUCAAAUUAAUACACUAGCCUAUAACUUUUUGCAAAUGGUUGAACAGCAAACACAUCAACUGGCAGAAAUGGAGAGUCAAGUUAAUUAUAUUGCACAGAUGGUCAUGGUUCAUAAAGAGAAAGUUGCUAGGAGAGAAAUUGGAGUACUGACGACCAACAAGACAACUGCACGUCAGUAUAAGAUUCUUGCUCCAGCCAAUACAGAGAAACCUAUUAAAUAUGUUAGGAAACCCAUUGAUUUUGGAUGUUUAGAUGAUGUGGGACAUGGAAUACGAUCCUCAUCUAGUAGCACACCCCGCUCAAGGCGAUCAGCAAGUAGUGUUGGAAUGCCUCCUCCAACACACCAGCCACCCACCUCUGCUGGUCCAGCCCCAACAACAAAACCACCCACGCCCCCUCAGGCUAAUAGAUCAGUUAGCAGUUUGUCCAGAGGAUCUCGAGAAUAUCGGACACCUCCAGCAGUGGCACCACCUCAGGUCGAGAGAGGCGCCAUGGAUCUGAUAGGAAUAGUACCUAGUAAUUAUGCCCCUAAUUAUCCAAUUGGCCACCCACGACGUAAUGAUCGAUCCAGUGGAUAUAGUACACUUCCUCAUCCAUCAGCGGCCCACGUUGCAACUGCAAAUCAUAAUGGAGGAGGGCAACCACCCCCACCUCAGGUUGGAAUGGUUCACCCUAUGGCUCAUGGUAUUCCACAAAGUUCAUACACCCCUCCACCCCCACCUCCACAUAUGCAAGAACCAUCUCAGUAUGCUGCCCAUCCUGUGGGCAUGCCACGCUAUCCUACCUUGAUUCGGCCUGCAAUGACCUUGCCAAAGAACCUGACUAACAAGAACCUUUCAAACAAGGGCAACGAGGUGGUUUUAGCGCCACCAUCACCUGCCUCAUCUGGUGUAAUAAGUGAACAGGAAUACAAUAGUCGUUCCUCAGGAGCGUCAUCGCCUCCGUUGCCUCCUCCACCACCUAGUGACUCAGAGAUUCCUCCAGCAGUACCUCCACACUUUAUGGAAAAAGUGGAUGAUACCCCUGCUCCUCAUCGUUCAGCAAGCUCUGUACCUCCAGCUGUUCCUCCUCAUUACUUAGAAAAAGUUAUUGCAGUUUAUGAUUAUUCAGCUGAUAAAGAAGAUGAGCUCACGUUCUCUGAAAAUGCUGUCAUUUAUGUUCUUAAGAAGAAUGAUGAUGGAUGGUGGGAGGGUGUCAUGAAUGGAGUAACUGGACUUUUCCCUGGCAAUUAUGUUGAACCCUUAAUGUAACUGUUAUUGUGUAUUUAGAAUAUGAAGUUAGCAAGAAGAUUCAUCCCAUUAUGAGGAACCUAAUAUGCUUUAAGAUGUCACAACAAAGUACUUGCAUAUGACUCAUAUGGUUGCUAUUACAGUUGUCAUAAGGUAAGAACAUUUUAAUUUCAUAAUUUAGUUUUGAAAGAUGUUUGAAUAUGUAAACUGUAUUAAAGGCUGAUUUCUAAAAGACAGUAUUACAAGCAGAAAUGGUUGACAUUUGUUUUACAUAUUCCUGAUCAGAGAAGAAUUCAAUAUCAUAGAGUUAGUGUCAUCAUAAUUUUCAAGAUAUUCAUGACCACUACUAUAUCCGUGAUAUUUUUUAAGGAAUUGCUUCACUUUUUUAUCCAGUCAAGGGACAGUAUGCAUGUACUGGUAUUAAGUCAUACAGUAUUUAGGUAUGAAUUCUAGAGGCCUUUAUUAAGCAUUCUUAUAAUUUGGUGUUACUGUAUACUUGCUUUAGUUCAGCGACUGUCAUUAUUAAUGAAGUUUUGAUACUAGUAGUUGCCAUUUCAUGGGGUUAUAAAAGUUACAACUGCACUACAUAUUUAUUAUUGUAUUGUUAAUGUUCUUCACUUAUAAUUUGCUAAUUACCUUUUAGUUAACAAGCAGAAAUUUUUUAUGUAUUUUCCCUGAUGUAUAUAAUUUCCUUCUUUGGUUACUUAAUUUAGAGAACUUUAAAGUAGUGUCUCCUCUUCCUUGUGUGGUUCAUACAUUCACCGGACUAUUACUGAUAUAGAGGUGUUCUAGUCUUGUUUAUUUAAAGUUUAAAGUAACUAGUGGUAAUUCUGCCAUCAUUACAGCAUGACAAUUGGAAAGGCGCAGUUUAGCUGUACCCCAAAAUUCUGGAACCUUUUAUUAAGUGAUAUCCACAUUGAGGAUCAGGGCAUUACAUUAGAAUUGUCAAAUCUGUACAAGAAAAGUUUUUAUGUGAGUUAUCUUGCAGUCUUUCUGAUGUUUGUUAUCAUUAUAUGAAAUGCUGUUAAGCAUAAGAGACACGUUCUUGAGUGAUAUGAUGGGUGCUAGUAUAUGUUCACUACUUGUAGAUUUCACAUCAUAUGAAAAUUGUUACUCUUAAGUAAGCAAAUAAGUGCAAUACCAAAGAAAAAUUGUGCAUAAAUCCAGACUGCUUGGCAUACAAAGGACAUCAGAGUUAGCAGUAAGGAACUGUAUAGACUAGCACCAGUGAGCAAAGCAUUUUACAAGUAGCUGUCUAAAUUGUCAUUCUACCCGAGGUGGCAUACUGAAAGAAUUUUCAAGAAGAAAAGCUUGAGUAAACAGUAGAUGGUUACAAGUAGUACCCACCUACUAAUAGAAUCAAGAAAUCCAAACUUGAAGUUGGUUGUUGCUUUAAAUUAUUCACACAAAAAUAAGGAAUACCCAAGAAGAGACAACAUAAAUGGGACAUGACCAUAAAAGAGAACAUAGUUAUUUCAUGGAAAACAGCUCUGAUAAUUAAUUUCAAUUGUAUGUGAUACAAGUGCAUGCACCAUGAAAAAACUAUAAAUUAUACCAAUUCAAAUAGCAUGUAUGUACUGUUAUGUUAGGAACAUCAAGGUGAUUGUAUAGAGUAAGUAGGUAUAUUUUUCAUCCAUGUAGUUUGUUGUAAGGUGAAAAAAAUAUUUUGAAGAUUGGUACUUUUGAUGUCGGAUAUCUUUCUUUUAUGUACGUAUUAUAAUUUAAAUAAGACCAGUGAGUUAUAUCUCAAGAUAGCUUGCCCAAGGGGUUUACGUAUUCACUAUUGGAGUAAAGUGGAAGAAGUUGUACAACCAGGUGGGAAGAAACCAAAUAGAAUGAAUGCAAAGUAAAAGUGACAGGAAGACAGCAAUGCAGCUUAGGGUCCAAGGGUCACUGCAAAAAUCUACAUUGUUAUAAUUAAAAAAUAUUUUAAACUGACAACAUUUGGUAGUCAGAAGAAAACCUAUUGCUGUGAAUCCAAGUUUUCUUAUCGUAUAGUGUAGGUUAAUAGAAUUGGGCAUUGCAUGGCAUAAAUUAAAUUCAGUGCAUCCCAUUUACCACAGUCAAGAAACAAAAAAAAAAAUUUUCACAAGACAUAUUACUGCUCAUAACUAAUGACUUGAUAGCCACCAUUUUAUAGGAACAAAAUAAUUGUGCAUUACUCUACUGCACAAGAUUAGUAAGUUAACAUAAUAUCUGUGUGAUUACUUAAAACCAACAACCUACCAGCAAUAUUAAUGUGUAGUGUAAAGAAUUUUUGUAGUGCAAUUGGAAAUAAUACUUCGGGUCAAAUCAUUAUAACGUGUAAUUUUCAUAACAUGCGUGUAUUGAUGGCCCUCAAAUUCAGUAGAGUCCAAUACUUUGAAUGUGUGACCAUAACGAUGCUUUUUAAGGAAUUAUGCUUGUAACCUUUACUUGCAAGCCAGCCCACUUAGUAUGUGUAGUAUGAAUAUACAGUACUAUCUUAUAUUGAAAUAAUGCUUACAGAUACCCUUAUAUUAAGUCUUAUUAUUAGAUCCCUCGAUAUUUUAUAUUACUUCAGUUUACAAAAAGUAUAAAUACAUCUGCAUGCUACCUCUGCUAUGAUAAGCUUAUAUAUUUUAGUUUGUAUUUGAUAUGCUUUAUUGGGCUUUUGUAGACGGUUCAUAGAUUUAAGGGACAAGUUGUGAAUAUUACUGUUUGCAGUAAGAAAAUAUCACAUACAAUAGUCAGCUCAAAAAUUCAAGAGUUUUCAUAUAUUUUGUAUUGUAUAUGUAUUUUCUCAUGUCUUUUUAAGUGUUAAUGAGAUACUUUUGUAAAACUCCUGUCUGGGAUGCAUUUUGUUUGGAAGUGUCUUUGGAAAAGUGAAACUGUUGUUAAAUGGAUUGCAAAAGUAAUUUGCCUUUUUCAAUUUAUAUUUCUAUAAUUUAACUUUUUAGGAAAUAUGCCUGAUUAUGAUACUAGUCAUGCAAACUAAUGGUGGUGUUUACAUCACUGUGGAAAGUUCAAAUGGUCUUUGACAUGGAAACAAAAUAUAAAAUCAAUAAGCAUAUAAUUUGGAAAUUAUAGAUUUUUCAGUGGUUUGUUUAUAGUAGAGUAAGAGAUUGUCUUAUUAAAAGUUUCAUAUAUGAAAUAACAAAUGUCCUACUGUAGUACGUCAAAAAACAGAGGCACAUUUCCAGGAAGAGCCAAGGGAUUAAUGAAACAAAAGCCCUCUAUUGAUAAUUUUAGUUUGCUGUGAUGAAAUCAUCACAGAUAAUAGUACUUGUUUAUUGUUUUAUCAGUCAUUUCCACAUCCCACUUAGAGGUUAUCCAAUAGGGUUUUAUACAAAAAUAUAAAAUUUAGUAUUUUGCCUAUACCAUGGAUGGUUUGAAUGAAAGCUGAAAGUAUUUAUUUAUUGUGGGUCAGUUGUGUUGCCUAGUUGGUUUUGAAAAAGUUUCUUUAUUAUACAAUGGGAGUUUGUUAAAAUAUAAACCGAAUUAGGGUGUUAAAAAGUAAGCCAUUCUUAACUUCUGAACAUGACAUACUCUUGAUGCCAUGCACAAGGCGGGGGGGUCCCACACAAUUAGUUUUUAUCAAAAAUGUUUCUUAGUUACUUCCAUUGGAAAACUGCAAUGAUUAUUUUAUACUACCCAUCAGUUAUUAGUAAUAUUAUUCCUCAUUACUGUAUUGCAGUAUCUUACAUUAUUCUAGCUGCCUUUGUUGUCAAUUCAAUUUAAGUUAGCAUCAUUAUAAGCCCUAUUCAGAGAUAAUACUUUAAGGCAAGUUUAUAGUGAUCGUCCCCUCCAGCAAUUACUCCAUUAAACGCCUUAUCUUUAUAAUAUAGGACAAUCAGAUUUGUAUUUGCAAAGAAGUCUGAUGUUAAGGAUAAUAUGAUAUGGUACUGUCAUAUGUCCAAGUGCCAAAUGGUAUAGCUUAGAUAAUAUGACACUAACUUCAGCAUUUCAUACUUGUUUGAUAUUACUUUCUAUUAAAAUUGUUCAAAAUUGCACAUUUAUUAUAGCCUGAGGUUUGAGUUCAAGUUUAUGGUUAAUAUUAUAUCUGUGAAUCAACCUGUGAAAUAUAGCCUAAACAGAUUUUUUUAAACACACCUUUUUAAAUCUUUUUUGGCUUUUAUAUGUUUAUUAUAGCCCAAGAAGGGUUCCUACCAAUUUUUUCCUUGUGGUUUUAAGUUUAUUACUUAUAAUUUGAAGUUUUUAAAUGCAGAAUUGCCUCACCUUUUCCUGAAAUAGCUGUUGUUACUGAAGUUUAAGUAUUUUAAACUGGUGUGAUUAUUUCCUAAGAGAGAAUUUUGAAUAUACAUCAUAUGCAUGUAUAUAUUCCCUCAUAAUAUACUUUUAAUUUAAGAUUACUAGCGAACCAUGUGACAUGUGAAUAAUGAGAUUUGAAUGAGUUACAUGCAUGUUCAAAAUUGGGAGAUAGUAGCAUGGCAGGGAGGAAUAAACUGCAAUGUUUUUAAUUACUUGUGUCUGGGAAAGGGUCUAAUUCAAAUCCGUGAAGAUGAGAAUAGUAUACAUUGAUGUGAAAUCCCAAUUAAAGUACUGUGUUAUACUUGAUAUGAUAGGAAAUCCUAGAGGCAACACCUGUUAAACUCUAAAAAACAGUUUACUUAUAUAGGUAAUAUCCAUGUAAAUGUUUAUGUGGUGUGGCAUAACUUUUUUGAAGAGUAGGUUUCCUGACCAAUCAUUUAUUUGAAACCCAUCACCAAUGUACCUCAGAUUUUCUUUGUGUAAUAUGGCCAUGUUAUGUGGAACCUUGAUCCAUUAUUAAUAACAUAGACAGUGAGGCCUUACUGUGUGUGGUGUAUUUUUUUGUUGUUUUUAAAAUGUAUAAUUUUAUUUUAAAUUAGUAAUUAAGUCAGAUUAAUGGAAGCAAAGCAGGAUUUUAGAUAUGUGAUCUCUUGAUGUUUGUUUGGAUUGUCCCAAACAGCAGUUGAACCUCUUGAAAAAACAAUUUGAAAUCAUGACUGAUUGUGCAUAGUAUUGUUGUUUGUCUUUUUACCUGUAUUAAUGUUUGUUUAACCCUCCAAGAAAUAUUAUAGAAGUAAAAUUACCAGCUCAAAACAUAGACAUUAAGAAAAUGCUCAUUUUACCCUUUGAUGCCUGAAACAGGUAUGAUAAUAUAACAAUUAUAUAACCUUUAAAGGUUUUGAGAUGUGAUCCAUACUUGUUUCAUGAUUUUUAUUGAAGUUUUAGGUAUGUCAAAUUAUUGAUUUUGGUAAUGAGGUAAAUGAUAAUGGAUGUAGCCCAGAUAAUCUUUCACUGGCUUACUAGGAGAUCAGUAACUUGAGUUUGCAACUUGGUUUAAUUUUUAUGUAGGCUCAUUUUGGGCUUCUCUUGCCUUGUUAGUUGCCAUGGGUGGGUAAUGCAGUUAAAAAUUGUUACUGGUUAUCAUGCCAAAUAAUAUGAUUUUACUCCAGAAACUUCAUGUAUGGCAUAUUUUAGAACCACUAUUGUUAGAAAUAGUAGAUUCAGGUAAAUCAAAACUACUAUAAAUUAUUGGUUUUACAUCUUUUAAAAUUUGAAUAUCACAUUGAAGUAUGGUGGGCUUAACUACAAAUGGACAUGUUCCUUGUGCUCAUAGAUAUUUGGUGUGUCCCACAACCCAGUUAUUAAAUGUAUACCAUGCCUUGCAGAUAUAACUCAAAAGUUGUUUGCAAUGUAUGACUUUAAAAUAACCCAUUGCUUUGGAAGCAAAUUGUAACAGGAAAUGUUGUUAGUAUGUUCCCGCUAUGUUAUAUUGCAAUAAGGAAGUUACCACUUUAUAGUGUUAGAAAUAAAGUGAUUAAAUCCUGUUCCUUCACAUCAAAGAUAACAAACAGACCCGGUCACUUGAUUUUACAUCAUAGUUUUUUUUUUCAAUUCUACUCUGUUGAUGAGUGUUUUGUGUAAGAUUAAGAUGAUAGUUAUAUUACAUACUCUUUUUAAAAAUUCUCAUUUCAUUCUGGUUAGUUCAAAAUGUAGUGUUUUUUUCAUCAGGCCUUCAUAUUUAUUGUUUCAAAAGCACUAGAUUUGAAAACUACUGAGCCACAAGUUAAUUUGUAUCCUGUGUUAUCAUACAAUACAGACAGAUUUUGAAGAUAACUAUCAUUUCUUAAAUAUUGUUAAAUUAGGCUUCUUGUUCCUCUUUCUUUGAAAACCUUACCAUUCUUUAUAUCUUCAAUCAUAUAGCAUCAGUUGCAUUCUAAUUAAUUGUUCCCCCUUGAAGGGCUUAGGUUGGAAUUCAUUUGAUCUUUUUUAUCCUUGUGUUGAUUAAAUCUAGCAUUUUUUUUCAAUGUUAAAACAUUGUACUCCUGAAUAUUGCCAGCUUGUUUAUAUCAACUAAAUAUUUCUCAUUCACCUGGCACUACAUAUGUAGUGAGGGGUAUUCUGUAUUGUAGCUAAAGUAUACAUAAAGUUUUCAAGCACA